AUGGAAGCGGAAGUAUCGCGACAGUGCAAGAUGCCGCUGUCUCACUCUCAUCGAUUUGAAGAAGGCUUUGAUACAGCCGAGACCGAAGCGGUCAUGGAGGCCUUGGGCGACGAAAGCGUCCCUACUCCAUACAUAAAGAUACUUCAUACCUGGGCGUUUCGCAAGCAGGAGGAAAAAAACAUCGCAGAACGCUCAAUAGAAAGGAUGAUGUUAGGAAUGUCUCGCUUUACGAAAGCGAAAGAGAGAAUUCGAAGUUCACUCCUACGUCAACUGUCGAAGAUUAGAGAUGCUGCUGCAUAUGCCAAGGAAGGUAAAAUUAGAUGGGCCGGACACGUGAUGAGUUUUAACGAGACCAGAGCCGAAGUCCUUCAAGGAAAAGUACGAUGCCCUUCGAGUAUCUCGCGAGGAAAGCCACUGGGUUACCCUCGUGCGCGACUGGAACACAUGGAAUACACUAAACAGGUUGAGUACUCAGCAAUAGAUGAGGAAACUUAUCAGAAAUGCCGAUCAGCCACAGCAACUUUACAAAGUAGCAUAAGGCAAAUAAAAGAGGCAAGAGAAAACCUCCAAGAAUUAUAUAACGAGGUUAAAGAUGAGUAUAAAAACUGCAAAAACAAGUCCGAAAGGAAGGAUUUGAUGAUUGAAAUUGAACAAAUAGAGGAAGAAUCGCAGCUACAAUCUGCGAUAGCUGAAGCAAACGACCUAACGUUCAUGCUAACAGCGCGCCUUGAUGAAACAAAAAAUAUGCGCCAAAAUAUGAAAAUCAAACUGGGAUACAUGUCCCUAAAGCCCCAAAGAGACAAUAACAUCAACAAUGAAGAAAACGAAGAAGGGGAUGGUGAAAUUGAUAGUACAAACGAAAAUUGCGUGAGAGACACCAUAAUGUCAUCUUGCUCGCAAGACACAUCAAAUUCAGCAUCCACAUGCAAUAGUGGCACAGCCAAAAGGACGCUGAGGUCAAUAAAACCUCCGCAAGCCACACUACCAAAAUUUUACGGGAAUUCUGACGACUUCCCAGAAUACUGGGCCAUUUUUGAAGCCCUUGUCCAUAACAAGGAAGAACUGGACAUUAUGGAAAAGAUACUCCUACUCAAAGAAAGUUUAAAGGGUAGAGCGCAAACAGCCAUCAAAAGGAUAAAACUCAUUCCUGAAAAUUACAAUUGGUUGAUCAAGACUUUACAAGAGAAUUACCCUAAUCACCAGUCUAAUAGAUCACAAAUAGUCAAAAAAUUGGUCAGUAUGAGUGUGGCAAACAAUUCCGCAGACAACUGCUCUGCAACAUUUGAUCAAAUAAGAAUGCUGACCAACCAGAUGAUUUCUGCAGGAUAUCAUGUAGGGAAGACCUGCGACCCAAUGUGGUGUGAAACCAUCUUAUCUAAAUUCCCUGAAGACAUCAUAAAAUCUGUAUUAGUGGCCAGUCAAUCACAAGACCGGCAAACAGUUGAUGACCUCAUGAAUCUCUUAAAAACAGAGAUCACUGCAAAAGCUUACGUCGAAAGCAGACUUGGCCAUAAACAUAUCAACAAGGCCAUCCCAUCAAAGACCAGUCAUGACAACUUAAAGACUAAUCGUAACUACUUGUUCUGUCAUAAGGACAAUCAUGUAUCAAUGCAGUGCCGAACGGUGACGGAUCAAAGCAUUCGCCGCAAGAUACUUAAGGAGCAGAAUCGCUGUUGGAAAUGUUGCUCCCCUAAUCAUAGCAACUUUGAUUGCCAAAAAUCAGACUGUCUAAAGUGCGGACAAAAACACCAUAUGAGCUUCUGCUUUAAGACAGAGCAACUCAGCCAAAACAACAACUCGAAACCCAAAUUUGUUCGUGUUGGCCAAAACCAGCAAAAGCAACACAGCUGGCAAAAUAGAGAAGAAAACAAUCGAAAUAUUCCACAAAAGUUCAAACCAAUAAACACUCAGGUGUCUGUGGAACCCCCACAGAUCAACCAAAACUCCAAUCAGCACAGUCAAAGUACCAAACAACUGAUAUUGAUGACUGCUGAAGGCAAUAUUUGGAACGCCAGAAAACAGACAUAUGAAAAGGUGCUAUUUUUCUUCGAUUCUGGGGCGCAGAAAACAGUAAUCGAAGAAAAUCUUGCAGAACAACUCAGUCUACCCAAGAACACGACCGAAAUCUGCACCAUGUCCGGAAUUGGCGGCCAUAUCGAGUGCUUCGAAAGUCAUAAGGUUCCAGUAAAACUAGGAACUGCUUUCGGAGAAGAAAUUUGCAUGACUAUACAGGCUAAACCAGUCAUAACAAACGGAUUCCCUUCAGUGAAAUUGAACACGGAAGAUAUUGAGUUCUUGAAAACAAACACUAUUUGUUUAGCAAAUUCAAAGUUUCGUAGUGAGCAUCAAAAUCCACACAUUCUUGUUGGACUGGACUACUACUACGAUUUAGUUACGGAUCCAGCAAACGGAAUCCGAACACCAUCUGGUUUCCAUAUAGCAAAAACGGUUUUUGGACCCACAAUUUAUAGUCGAGGAAUCAGCAAAGUAAGUGGAACCGCUAACACAGUAUGUCACAGCCUGACAGGAAUUUCCGGAAACACGGAACAAGAACUCUUACAGAAAAUGUUUGAGUUGGACGGCCUCGGUAUCAUGCCGGAAGAAACCCAGGGAGACGAAAAAGUUCAAAGAUAUUUCGAGGAAUACUCGAAAUUGAUCUCAUUUGAAAACAACAUCAUCACAGCUCCCUUUCCGCUGAAAGAAAAUGUAAUCCAAUUGGAAAAUAACUACUCAGUAGCUAUAAGAAGGCUAGAAUCCUUACAAAACAUCCUCUUAUUUAAUCCUGAACAAAAGCAGUGGUACUGCGAUCUUGUGAACAAAUAUGUCAGUGAAGGGAUCGUAGAGACCUUCGACACAGCAGACCGCUAUGCGACUGGAAUAUAUUAUAUGCCACAUACAGGGGUAUGGAAGCCACAGAAAAAGGUCCCUUUAAGGAUAGUCUUUGAUGCUUCGUCUAAACGAAGAGGCCACCUCAGCCUGAACGACGUCAUUCGAAAAGGGGAAUCCUUCGUUAACAGAAUACACGACAUUCUUACCUCCUCAAGGUUCAAGAAGAUCGUCUUAAUGUGUGAUAUUGAAUCUGCCUUCACACAAAUUCGAUUGAUAGACGCACACAAGGAUCUAUGCAGAUUCUUGUGGCUUCGGAAUGUCAAUCACCCACCAACAAAAGACAACGUCGUCGAAUGUAGGUUUAGAAGGUUGCCUUUUGGCGUUACAGCUUGUCCGAGUAUACUAAACAUGGCGAUUCUGUCCUACUUGGAAUCCCAAAACUCGGAACUGUCCGCAGAAAUUGCCAAAAAUUUGUAUGUGGAUAAUAUACUUUUGCAAGCAGAAUCGGUUCCUGAAGCUGUAAGAAAAUACAAGGAGUCAAAGUAUCUCUUCAGCGAGAUAGGAAUGAAUCUACGCGAGUAUAUCUCAAAUUCUGAAGAAGUAAAUCCAAGAAUUCCAUAUCCUGACAAACUCCAAUCUGGAUCAAUGAAAAUACUAGGAGUUGAUUACAAUACUAUAUCAGACAACUUUACUGUGAGAACAAAGUUUGCUCACAAUAAAAAGUUGACUAAGAGAAAUGUGAGCCAAAUUAAUUCGAUUUAUGAUCCAAUAGGUCUCACAGGACCGCUCAUGGUUAGACUGAAGUCCAUGAUGCGAGAAAUCUUUGAUUCAAAAGUGGACUGGAGAACUCCACUCGAUCAAAAGAUAUGCGACGAAUGGUACAAAUUGUGUAAAGAAGUAGAUCUAGCAACAUUAUCAAUUCCUAGGUACGUUCUAUCACCCGGAGCAAGUGACCAAAAACGCCUUUGGUUGUUCGCAGAUGCAAGCAGGAUUGCAAUUGCAGCUUGUUCAUACUUACAAUGUGUUCCCUCUGGCACAAUUUCUAUCCUGAUCUGUGGAAGGACGCGACUAACCCCCAAAAAGCAUCAGACUAUCCCAAAAUUAGAGUUGCUCGGAAUCCUUAUAGCAGCUAGAUUAGGAUGCAGCAUAUUAUCAGCUGUUCAAGCAAAAAUCGAAGAAGUGAACAUAGUUUUGAACAGUGAAAUUGCCUUGUACUGGAUCAAAUCUUCGAAAAAAGUUCCUAUUUUCGUAGCAAAUCAGCGAGCAAAAAUACUUAGCAUUAAACAGCAACUCGACAAUCGUGGUGCGACGGUCAAAUUCUUCCAUGUUAGCACCGAAAACAAUCCAACUGAUGCUGGAACCAGAGGUAUGACAGCACAAGAAAUUAUCGAGCACGACUGGAUCAAAGGACCACGCUGGCUAGAAAAUCACUAUAGUGAGUGGUCUAUCAAGUCGAUAAAGACACUAUCUGACGUCCAUGAGAAUGACGGAGUAGAAACAAUGGUUACUACUACAUUACCACAUCAGAAAACAAACAACAAGAACAACUUAUUGAUCUCAAGCGUUUUUUCGAAAAUCGACAACCUGCUACGUGUAUUAGCAAAGGCUGCAAAAGCAUCAAAAACAAAACUCCCCUUAGCGAUCGAUACACAUAUGAAAGCACUCUCAGGAGGGGUCUAUCGCGGAAUCUUCAUACGUGAUCAGUUCAGUUCGGGUACCAAUGUGGCCAGAGCAUGCUUGGCACGUGAAUAUCGUUCCUCUGAGCAUUGA